CUCAGUCUCUCCUCUCUUUGUCUUCUGGCGCUCGCUAAGAGAGAGCGAGAAAAGGAAACAAGAGAGGAACAAAAAAGAAAAAUAAAAUAAAAAAAAGCAAAGCCCUUCCUCAACUGUUCCACCAUUCCCUCCUUUGGUUGACGAUCCGAAGAUAACAUUGAAAUUUUCCGAUACUGCAAUCGGCGAAGCGAAGCUCCGAUUCAGCUUCCCCCGAUGCAACUCGUUUCCUUCAAAUCACGGCGUUUCUUUGGUUGACUUUUCGUUGUCUCAUUUUUAUUGUGUCUUUUUUUUUUUUUUGACUCGAUUUAGGGUUAGGGUUUGGUUUUUCCAUUGAAUGAUAUUUCUCCUUCUUUAAACAAUUCUUCGAAGUUUUCUCCACGGAGUUUCGCUUUCGAAGUGAUUGAUUGUGGUAUGUAUGGUGUGAAUAAUAAAUGAAUGGCUAGGGUUAGGGCAUCUAGAGAAAUGGAAGCGUCUGGUACCAAUCCUGACGCGUAUAGAGGUACUUCUGGGACGAGUAGUAAUUCACGAAGAUAUGGAAUGUUUUCGGCUUCGAAUAUAAUUCAGGCGCCGAUAUCCACGUUGUUAGAGUACUCUGGUCUUUUGAGAACGAGGCCAAGUUAUCAGGAAUCAGAGUCGUUGAUUAAUGCGGGUGUUUCAUCUUCUCACAUUAAUAAUCAUAAUCGACUUGAUGAUCCUACUGUAAACAGUAUUAAUAAUGGAGAGGUUUCGAUUAGGAUAAUUGGCGCUGGGGAGCAUGAACAUGAGAGGGAAGGGUCUGCAGGAUUGGUGGUUGGGCAGGCGAGGGAAGUGAGUGGUCAGAGUGAAAUACCAUCUGUGUCUUUGGCAGCUGAUAAUCAGGGAGAAGGUAGAAGUGAUCGUGGGGUGGCGGCUGGAGAAGGCGCUUCACAGUCUGCUAAUGGAAAUGGUGAUGCAGAAACUGGGGAUGGGGCCGGGGUUAAUGGCAGGGACUCAUCUUAUCAGAGAUAUGAUAUUCAGCAAGCUGCUAGGUGGAUUGAACAAGUCCUUCCAUUCUCUCUGCUUCUCUUGGUCGUCUUCAUUCGCCAGCAUUUGCAAGGUUUCUUUGUUACUAUUUGGAUUGCUGCUGUGAUGUUCAAGUCAAAUGACAUUCUACGGAAACAAACAGCUUUGAAGGGAGAGAGAAAGGUCUCUGUUCUGAUUGGCAUCUCGAUUGCGUUCAUACUUCAUGUGCUUGGUGUUUACUGGUGGUAUAGGAAUGAUGAUCUUUUGUACCCAUUGGUCAUGCUUCCUCCCAAGUCCAUUCCACCUUUCUGGCAUGCUAUUUUCAUCAUCAUGGUGAAUGAUACUUUGGUCCGGCAGGCAGCAAUGGUGUUGAAGUGCUUUCUGUUAAUGUAUUACAAGAACAGUAGAGGCCGAAACUAUCGAAAGCAGGGUCAGUUGUUAACAUUGGUUGAAUAUCUGAUGCUGCUCUAUCGUGCCUUGUUGCCGACACCAGUGUGGUAUCGUUUCUUCUUGAACAAAGAAUAUGGUAGCCUCUUCUCAUCAUUAAUGACAGGGCUGUACUUAACUUUCAAGCUCACGUCUGUAGUUGAGAAGGUGCAAUCCUUCUUUGCUGCACUGAAGGCAUUGUCACGUAAAGAGGUUCAUUAUGGGGCUUAUGCAACAUCAGAGCAGGUAAAUGCAGCUGGGGAUCUGUGCGCUAUAUGCCAGGAAAAGAUGCAUGCUCCAAUUCUACUUCGUUGUAAACACAUAUUUUGUGAAGAUUGUGUCUCAGAAUGGUUUGAAAGGGAAAGGACUUGCCCGUUGUGCAGGGCUUUGGUGAAGCCUGCAGAUCUCAGAUCAUUUGGUGAUGGAUCAACUAGUUUGUUUUUCCAGAUAUUCUAAUGUGAUUAAUGUAAAAAUGAGGAAGUUUUUCUGCUAUGAAGCUAAGAAAUAUUCAUUCAAAGAAGCCUUCUCCUUCUCCUGAUUUAUCACCUACACCAGUAAAUUUGCUGUACUCCACUCUGCCUUGUUCAUGGGUGCUGAAGAAAGUGAAAGCGUUUAGUGAUGCAUAUAAUCGAACUGGUUUUCUCUUAGUAUAUGUUGUGGAAGAAUGUUGAAGAUGGGAAAUAUGUUGAAUGUAUCUAAUCGAGCCAUUAAAUUACAGGAUUUUUUUUUUUUCUUCAAGACUAACAAUAUAAAAUGUCAAAUGUUCAGUUGCUAUAAAUGAAAACUUCCCCCCACCCCCACUUUUUUUAA